AUGUCACAAAAUCAGUUCCAUCUGACCACAAAUGGUUUGCAAAAUAUUCAAAUAGCAAAUAUUCCGAAUGACUUUGCUUUCAUUGUAGGAGAUCAUACUUAUCCGACAAACUUACCUCUUGCUUGUUUUAUAUCACCUCGAGUAUGUAGAGAACAUGUAAGCGAUACUACAACAAAUUCUCUAACAAUAAACGUCGACGAUAGUGAUUAUCAAUUCAAGAGCAUUGUCGACCUUAUGAAUGGAAAAACUUUAGAUAUUUCGGAAAAUAACGUUGAAUACUUAAAAGAAAUAGGAAUGCUUUUAGAGAACUUCGAAAUUGUUGAGAAAUCAUUGCAAUACAAGUUCUCUAUAUCGCCAAUUACUUUAGAAAAUGUAAUGGAUCGUUUAACUGAGAUGGUCAGCUGUAAAAUUACACAUCAAGAGACAAUAGAAUUCGCCAGACAACAUUUUCCAGAAAUAGAAUACAAGAAUUUAGAAAAAGCUUCACCAGACGCAUUAUUUUACUUAUUUUCACUCGAGAAGUUAAGAACUGUAAGUGAAGAUUACUUAUUUGAGCUUGCUUACAAACUUGUCACAGAUCAUGGUUCUAAAUUAUUCAGAUUAUUCGAAUCAAUUUUAUUUGAGUUUGUUUCUACAGAAAACAUGAAGAAAUUUAUAUCAAUUGCAGAUCCAAAUGAAAUAACCGGUCGUUUGUGGGCCUCUAUUUCGAAAAGACUUGAAAUGAAAGUUUUUCCUGAUUGGAAAUCUGAAACCAGACAUAUUUACUCAUCUGUCAAAGAAAAUGAAGUAAAGAGAACUAUGGAAAGAUUGUAUUAUGAUGAUAAAAAAGAAUGGAACGGCAUUAUUCAGUAUUUAUGGAGAAAGAAUAACGAAAACCCACAUAACGCCGGUUUAAUAUUUAUUGGAGUUUCGUCAACUUACAAUGGUGUCCAUCAACAAAGUGUUAUAGACCUUUCUUGGGAUAAUUAUUGGUAUUCAACAAAUGAAAAGAAUUCUUACUUCUCAGUCGACUUCCUGAAGAUGCUAGUUGUUCCAAGAAGUGUUGAAAUAAGGAAUGGAAAGAGCGGAUACUCAUUAAAGUCAUGGGUUAUCGAAGGAUCAAAUGAUGGAAUUAACUUUGAUAUUUUGGAUGAACAUGAGUCAUGUUUGGACUUCAAACCAAAGUAUACAACAAAAGUUUACCAGUUAAACAAUCCAGAUAACAAAGAAUACAGAAUUAUCAGAUUGAGGCAGACAAGUGUAAACAACAAUGGUAGUAUGGCAUUAGAAUUAUCGAGAUUUGAAAUUUACGGUGAUCUAAUUCUUCUUAAUGAAUGA